ACGGCGAUGGCACCUGCCGCGUCAAGGCUGCGGGCGGAAUGCGAGCUCCCUUCGCUUCCGCGGCGAGCGCUCGCCCAGUACUUGCUGCUCCUGAAGCUCUAUCCCGUGUUCACCAAAGCGGUCAGCAGUGGCAUUUUGUCAGCCGUUGGCAACCUUCUGGCCCAAAUGAUUGAGAAGAAACAGAAAAACGACUCUCAAAGUCUAGAUGUCAGUGGGCUUCUCAGGUAUUUAAUUUAUGGGUUCUUUGUCACAGGCCCACUGAGUCACUAUUUCUACCUCUUCAUGGAGUACUGGAUCCCUCCUGGGGUUCCCUUGGCCACUGUCAAGAGGCUGCUGCUGGAUCGCCUGCUCUUUGCACCAACCUUUUUGCUGCUGUUCUUUCUCAUCAUGAACUUGUUGGAGGGGAAAGAUGUCAGUGCCUUCGCUUCCAAGAUGAGGAGUGGCUUCUGGCCUGCACUGCAAAUGAACUGGAGGAUGUGGACACCUUUGCAGUUCAUUAACAUCAACUAUGUGCCCCUGCAGUUCCGGGUGCUCUUUGCCAACAUGGCAGCUCUGUUCUGGUAUGCCUACCUGGCCUCUCUGAGGAAGUGAUGUCAGAUACACUGUGGAUGAGGUCUUGGGGAAUCUACCCACCAGCAGGAGAGAUCAGAAUCCCAUCAUUCAGGACAUCAUCUGACUAAAUUAUGUGAUUCAAGAUGCCUUAAAAUUAUAGGAGGAAAUGUGUUAGUGUCAGAAUGUCGUGUUUAGAGAGGCAACGCCAGACUCAGAAAGUAGAUAGAUAAUCGUAGUUGUCAUUGUAAACAAGGUAAAGGUUAAUAAACAGCGAUGCAGCUGCUUCCAUGGUGAUUGUUA